CGGAAUUUUGAAUCACAGACAAUAGGGCAUCUAGGCAAGACAAGCCAGAAUGGGAUAUUUGGAAAGAAUGGUAUUUCUUAUUUCUCUGGCAUUCUUUAUUUUGUGUUCAAAGACGAAUGAGUUAUCACAGGGGGUCAUUAGGUACGUUUUCAGAUCAAUCAACACAACACGAUACAAACAAAAGGUUUGCAAUACAAUUAGGUAACCACAAAAUAAGAAUCACAUUCAAGCCAGAGACAGAAAGGGACUGGAAAGAAGAUCUAAAUUCAUUUAAAACUAAAGUCAAGCAGAAAUGCAAGAAAGAAUUCAUUGUGUUUUUGAACGAUGGAACAUAUGAAAAAACAAGGGGUUCUAUCAAAUAUGCCAAUCGCCUGUUUCUAGGGAGAACGAACGAUUUUAAAACAAAACAAAAAAUGCUGUUUUUAGAUAAGCAAAAACGAAGCAAAUAAGUAUUAGGGAUAUUUCCAGAAAGCUUAAACAAACAACAAAGUCAAGGAAACGAAAGAAGGAGCCGAGGCGGGAAAGAGGAAGCCGACGGGGAAAGACGAAGACUAAGACGGGAAUUGAUCAAAGCCGAUUUAAAUUGUUCAGAGAAACUAUCGUGUCGUGGACGAUGACUCGGGACUCAUUAUAGGAAGAGAAGAGCUUGUAUGUUAUUGCGACCAAGAGAAGAGCUUGUAUGUUAUUGCGACCAACAAUGCCUGUAUUUCCAAGACUGCUGUUUGGAUUUUAAAGAAUUCUGCUUUAAAAAAGAUUUCUCGACGGAUGAAUCAAAUUAUCUAAACACUUCUAUCAAUCAGUGGAGUUGUGUUCACUGGAUGAAUGGGAAGAGACCUGUGAAGAAGACGACGCUUGGCACUUGGAUGAUAACGAAAUGUCUCGGGUCACAAGGAGCAUCAUUUCAUUGCAAGGAAUUAGCAGACCCAAAUACCAAACUUACCAGUAAAACGUUCUUGGACUCUUUGCCAGUUUAUUCCGCCGACGGCCGUGUCUUUCGCAAUAAAUUCUGCGCCGAAUGUAAUGGAAUCCCUAAUAAUUUGCUUUGGUCAUAUGGCGUUCUUCUUGAUUGUAAAACAUUCCCCUCACAGCACCUUACCAGCGAGGAGCGAGUCGCGUUCCUUCUCAGAUAUUGCUAUGACGACAUGACAUUCAAUCACUGGAAGCCCUCGGAGGUACUGUCUAGACGUAUCUUCCACUUGUAGUCAAAAGGCAACUGCUUCAGACAAAAAGCAAUGCCAAGCAGGGACUCCUGGUAUAGUCUACAACGGACAAGUAAACCUCAGGAAUGCCCACUGCCUGAAUUGCAGCUCUGAUCAUGUAAUGGCAAAGUGUGGCCCGCGCUUUCCACUCAUCGUAAAGAAUGCACCCGGCGUUACCCCAUUUUCGGUUGUCCUCGGCUUACAAAGCAGUGGGGAACAUUUUACGACGAUUUUAUGCCCUGAUCAAAAGGAAACGUGUAGAACAACGUACAGAGGUGGCCCGCCAGUUCGCUCAGAAUUCAAUCAAUACGAAGUCUUGCUAUUUCUUCUGUCUCCCAGCAAUGUAAAUACCUGGGAUCUCUCAAAAGAGGGAUUUAAAAAGGCUUUAAGUGAUGCUUUCUGUAUCAAUUCAACGUUCAUUACUCUGAUUCACUCGCCGACAUACAUACUAAAAAGAAAAGAGAUCUCCAUUUUGUUCAAGCUCAAAAUUCCGAACGAAGUUCUACCAAGGAACUGUACUCCGCUUAACCGGGUUUUGGAUUUUCAGGCUGUAUUUAAUAUAACCAUGGACAGCAACAUAUUUCCCGUUCUCAAAGCUACCAAGAAGAUUCUAUCCUGCAAUGAUUUGAAAGUGUACAAGACACAUGAAUACACGGUGCUUUCGAGUUCUAGCUCAGCGGUUUAUGUUAAUAAGCCAGGCGCAACCAGACUACAACAGUAACCACACCAAGGCCGGAGAAGGAGAAAUCUAUGUUUGUCAUGAUGCUAGUAUGACUACAGAAAACUGUAAUGGAACAUACGUCGAGGUGGACAAAGACGAAAGUGUUAGAGUACCCAAUGGGUCAUUGUAUUUAAACUCGACGAAACGGAUCUAUCGGUUGUACUUUUACGAUAAUGACUCAUUGUGGGUUUGCAAAAAUCUCUCACGUUCUUACACAAAGGAGAAUACCAAAAUCGAUGACGUAGCGUUGAGGUAUCUGACGGCUGUUUGCAUGUCUUUGUCGGUCAUAAGCAUGUCUUUCUUGCUCCUUACAUACAGGCUUUUCAAAGAGUUGCGUACUAUCCCGGGGAUCAACAUGAUGAACCUUGCCGCCUCCCUGUUAAUGGCUCAGCUGUUAUGGCAAGUCAGCGGUGCGUUUACCCUCGGCCCAGUUUUCUGCACGAUCACGGCAUGUUUUCUUCACUAUCUUUUCCUGGUCUCCUUUCUAUGGACGUCAAUCAUCGCAUAUGACACAUGGAAGGCUUUCUCGAAUACCACCCGGCCUAGGUUGCCAAGCAACAGCAAAAACAAAAGAACCCGUCAAAUUUUAAACAACAUGGCACUCGGUUGGCUUCCAGUGAUGGUCUACGUCACAGUGUGUGUAGCCCUUGACCAAUCAGGGGCUGUUGCUAUUGGAUACGGCUCUGACCAGGCUUGCUGGAUAGCCAAUAAGAAUGCUAAUUUAUGCAUAUUUGGACUUCCUGUUGCAUUAAUGAUUCUAUUCAACUUUACGCUUUUCAUCUUUACUGUCAAAGCUAUCAGGGUAACGGAAAAGCAAAGCAGAAAAAUCUUUGGGGAUCGCUAACACGUGAAGUCAAACUUCGGCAUCUACGUCCGCAUCGCCACCCUCAUAGGUUUAACGUGGUUCUCAGGAAUCGCCGCUAAGUUCGUCUGGUCCCCACUGGUGUAUGGUUUCGUUACGCUGAAUUGCCUUCAAGGGGUUUAUAUAACAGCGGCAUUUGCCCUCAAUCAAGCCGCGAGAAAGAACUACAGAGUUCUGAUGAGGCUUACAACGAAAAAAACAUCGCCAAAUACCGACUCGUCGCAACACCAUUGUGAUACUAGAUUCUGAUUUUAAAAGGAAGCUGCAAGAAGACACUUACACUAAGGAAUUACGUGACUUUCUGAAAGGCAAACUCCGCCAAAACAAAUAGAGAAAUCACUGCGCGCCUCACGCAAGAGAGCAACCAAAAAGAAGUCUUACGUAUUGAGAUUGUGAAAGAGCUUAAACACGAGGUUUCGCUUUGAAAGGGAAAGCUCCUCCCACCCCCGGGAAAACAAUCACUUAUCAAUCAGCCGUGAAUGAGUCAAUAUGUCAGGACAAUUGCUCUGAGCGCUUAAUUCAAAUUUCAUAUUCUAGACCAAAUUAAAUUUUUUUCCUCGACUUGUCCACCAAAAAUGUUUCUAUUUAUAGCUAUACAAAGCUGUGUGCGCUCUAAAAUACAACAACUUUUAUCACAGCGCGAGAAUAUUUAUGCAGAUGUGUAAAAUUUAAAAUUUUGCACCAAAAACGCGAGUGGACAGCAAUUCACCAAUCUAUCAAUCCCUCAACACAACUGUCUUGUUACCUAUGCAAAAAUGGUUUUAUUUCAGCCGACUGAGGCUCAGAAAUAAGCAAUUUUAAUGGAGGCUUCUAAUCUGUGACUGCAUGCGUUGCAGUGAUCUGAUUAUAAUUGCAAAUUUAAGUGAAAAUUUAUGCGCUAUACAAAUUGCGUACAAAUUAUAUUUAAAGUCAGCACAUAUACAAAAUUAUUGCAAUUAAUAAACAAAUAUUCCACGUUG